CAUAACCCUAACCUCUCCUUUCGCCCUUUCCCUCUCCCUUUCCCAAUUGCUCGAGCUUGUCAAUGGCCGGAGAGGAGGAGAUCGCCGACACGAUCAAACCAGAGUUCCCGACGGGACGGAUCAAGAGGAUUAUGAAACUCGACAAGGACAUCAACAAGGUCACAUCAGAGGCACUAUUCUUGGUGUCUUGCUCUACUGAGCUUUUCCUCCAAUUCCUCGCCGAGAGAUCUGCAGAAGUCGCUAUGGAGAAGAAGCGAAAGACGGUGAAGCUCGAUUUCAUUAGAACUGCCGUUAAAAGACACCGACCGACGAGUGAUUUCCUUCUGGACUCGCUUCCCGCGCCUACCGAAUCAAGUCUGCCCAUAGAUCGUCCGCGUAGUCGAGCCGUUGAAGACAAACCUGCUCCGCCUGGAACUCGCCGCAUAGAUCAGUUCUUUCGCAAGCCGGAGAACGAAGCUCCGAUUGAGAUAAACGACUCUUAACUCUUACUGAUGUGUCUGUUUUUGGUAAACGUGAACGUAGGCCUUCUGGACUAAUAUUAGCACUUGAAUUUAUUUUAUGGAAGGAAAUUUGAUCAGAUUUGUAAUUAUUUCUAUCUUACAUUUUACCGUGAAAGAGGUUUUGUGUUUCCAUGUUCUUCAUGAUAUUCCCCUUUUCAAAUUCAGAUAUUAUGGCUUUUGACUGCAAUAGAUAGUCAUAAUACCU